CUCGGCAGCUCCACCUAGGUAGCUACAGUCGCAAUUUCGCAGUCCUGAGGUUAUCACAACUGGUCACUAGACACUAGGUUCAGUUUUAAACUUUCACUUAGUUUUUCUGUAUUUUGUUGUUUCGUUCUCCUUUCGUCAAUCUGGAGAAAAUGACCAGCUCACUGGAAAACCUGGAAACCCAGCUGGAAAUGUUCAUAGAGAACGUGAGGCAGAUCAAAAUAAUUGUGAGCGACUUUCAACCCCAGGGGCAGAACGUACUGAACCAGAAAAUACAAUCAAUGGUAAAUGGAUUACAAGAAGUUGAUAGACUUAAGUCACAGGUACAGGAUGUACUCGUACCUCUUGAAGUCUUUGACUACAUCGACAACGGCCGCAACCCACAAAUCUACACGAAAGACUGCAUUGAAAAGGCACUGACGAAGAACGAGCAGGUCAAGGGGAAAAUCGACGCUUACAGGCGUUUCAAGUCGUACCUGUUAGUCGAGCUGAAUAACGUUUUCCCAAAUGAGUUGUCCAAGUAUAGAGCGAUCCGUGGUGAUGAGAGGAACCAGACAUGAUCGCCCGAAAUGCGAUCAACAUUUUUAAUUUUCCUGUAUUAUAUAAUAAAUUUCACUGUAAAGAAAUUGAGAAAGAAGAUUAUCGUUUUAAGAUAGAAUUACGAAAGAAUAAAGAAGUUUAAUUUGCUAAAAGAUAACUAUCAUUAUUUGGAGAUCUCUGAAGAUCGAUGCAAUAAUUGUUAACUAACGGUCACUAAACAUCACACAAAAUAAUGAUCAUCAUUAAAAUAUAUAAG